AUGCUACAGGCUCUCGGAAACACCCUACCACAACCAUCACUCCUUUUAGUGGCUGCCGAGUACGGCCACACUAGUGUCAUCGAGGAGCUCUGGGUGGGCAUCUUCGAAGGCUCUUAUAGUCUAGAUGAUCGGUGCCCUCUGCUUCUGGCAGCGCAAAACGGCCAUACCAUGGUUGUCGAAUUCCUGUUAGGCAAAGGGGUCAAUGUCCAAUGCGUCGAUGCGGAUGGUAACACAGUUGCACAUCUAGCAGCCCGGAUGGGGGAUUUCAACACCUUGCGGGCUCUCAAGACUUGCAGCCAGCACGCAGAAGUUCCAUGGAGUGAAUUAGGAGAGCACAGCUGCACGCCCCUGCAUCUGGCUGCAGAGGCUGGCCAGGUUGAAGCAAUCAGGCUGAUUGUCGAGUGCGCCGACGCUGAGGACAUGGACCGUGUCGAUGAUCGGGGAAAGACCCCGGUCCAGUUAGCAGCCCGCGAGAGUCACCUAGAAACAAUCAAUGUUCUCAUCGCCCAAGGGGCAUUUAUGCCAGACCCAUUGGAGGACAGCGAGGCGCCAAUAUGGCUUGCGGUAGAGCAUGGCCACCUGGCCUUGCAGCAGGUAAACAUCGUCCAAAUGCUCUUUGAAAAUGGUGCCGAUCUGAACGCAGUAAACGGGCACCGUGAAACACCCCUCCAUGUAGCCGCCAAGAACCACCUCUGGUCCCUCGUCAACCUCCUCGUAGAUCUCGGGGCUGAGGUAGACUGUCAAGAUCGCGAUUCUAUGUCUCUGCUGCAUCUGGCUGCAAAGUCUGGAUCGGAG